CAUUGCUGAACUGGUGCAAUAAGUUAAAGUGAGACAAGUAUAUUUUUCUCUCUCUAACUUAUGCACCAGUUCAGCAGUGCAGCUGAAAAGAACAGAUACAACUAUAGACAGAUUAUUGAAGGAAGGAAGGGAAGGAACUAUAGACAGAUACACAAAUAGCGAAAAUUCCGGCCAUCCGACCUAACCGCCGUUUGGACGUGUCCGAACACCUUCGGACCAGAUUUUUUUGGAACUUGUACUUUGGUUGUACUUGUAUCUUGAUUGAAAGGACUAAUAAGAGAGCAAAGUAAAAUAAAGGGAAGGAAGUAUAAUAAUAACGAGUUCUCCGAACACACCUAUAGUAGCGAUCAGCUGAUAUCAUUUGCUAGUAAAUUGAAUUAUAAUUUGAUAUUCAGUGACGUUUGCAUAAAUCUGUUUAUACUUUUUGGAGUAUUUUACCAUGAUUAAGAAUAUUUACAUCCCUCAUCUGUGUUACGUUGAAGUAUAAUCGGUAUCUAAUAAAUGGUUGAUGAUUUCUUUAGAUUAGAUAUUAGAUAAACUAUGCAAAUAUAUAAUACAGAAAUCAUAUAGAUAUAGAUAUCCGAACUUUAUAUUUAGAUAUAUAUCUAGUCGUAUUUGUCUAAAUACAUUCCAAUACUGCAACCUAAGCAAGUUUACUUGACAAUCAAGAUGACAUCAAUGUUUGAUCAGUACGAGCAGGCUUCACAGCGCUCUAAACAAGUGCUUGCACCACCGAUUCGCCCAGAUAUUAGUACAGCAGGCUUUAUUCAAAUGAAAUUGCAAGACGAUAGCCCAAUAUUCACCAAGCAAAAAGUCAACUUUUUGCCAUCUGACAAAAUUCUUUACUUAGUCGUUAGCAGCAAUACAAUUGUGAUUGCUAUGGCUAACAAUAUUUUAUUGCGCAUUGAUAUGAAGCAGCCUGACAAGACUGAAGAAAUCGACAUAUCUAAGUAUACAUUGACUAUGAAAAUGUCCGGUUUGUUUUUGGAUCCGUUGGGUAAUCACCUACUCAUAACAUUAGUGUCAAGACAUGGAGACAAUGGCCCUCCUCCUGAGUUGUACUACUUACAUAGGAAGACAACGAAACUCAAGCAAGCUGGUAAGUUCAACGGUCAUGAAAUCACUGCUGUCGGCUGGAACUUCUCCAACACUUCGGAUACCAGUUCGGGGCCCAUUUUAUUGGGCACUUCCAAGGGUUUAAUUUUUGAAACAGAGAUUGGAUUGGAGACUGACAAGAUUUUUAACACCAGUUUGGAGCAAUAUUGGCGUCAGCUUCCGAAUUAUCUGCCUCUUUAUGGUACAAAAGAGGUGGGAGGACUGGUAUUCGAUAUAGGGAAAAAUAGCAAACCUCCAAUCACUGGAAUAGAAUUUCAUAAACUACCUAAUUCUGAUAAGUAUAUGAUUAUCGUAACCACUCUUAUGCGCAUUUAUCAAUACAUCGGUGCCAUUGCGAAUACCGAGGAGAAACCUCUUCUGCAACAAGUGUUUUACAGAUAUCUAAACGCGCAAGAGAGGUUUAGUGAAGUAAUAAGUUCUCUGCCAUAUUCAAAGAUGCAGUUUUAUUAUCCUUCCUUGGGUGCUCUACCAAAAUCAUUUGGAUGGUUGACAGAGACUGGUAUUCUAUAUGCCCAGGUGGAUGCAAAACCUGAGGGAAACAAUGUGCUGAUCAAUCAGCAAAUGCUGACGUGCCCGGAAACAAGUCUCAUGGGCAGCAAUGUGUCGCAAACUACUUCGACGCCAUUAUCUUUCGUACUGACAGAAUUUCAUACUUUGUUGUUGUACCCAGAUCAUGUGAAAGGCAUAUCGCUGCUAAAUCAAGAAUUAAUAUUUGAAGACGUUUACAACGACGCAGUCGGCAAAUUAAUCGGUAUCACUAAAGACCCUGCAACGAGGUCAAUUUGGGCUUACAGCGAACGAGCUGUUUUCAAAUAUAGAGUCACGAAGGAAGAUAGAAAUGUUUGGCAGGUAUACGUAGACAAGGGUGAGUUUGAGCUUGCUAAACAAUAUUGUAAGGACAAUCCCGCGCAUAUCGAUCAAGUGCUCGUGAAACAAGCGGAAAUGCUCUUCAAGAAUAAAGAAUACGAGAAGAGUGCAUUGAUUUAUGCGGAUACGCACUCUUCUUUUGAGGAGAUAUCUUUGAAGUUCUUACAAGAGUGGCAAAUUGAAGCUUUGAAAACGUUUUUGCGCAAGAAACUCGAUGGCUUUAAGAUGCAAGAUAAGACGCAGAUAACGAUGAUCGUUAUUUGGGUGACGGAAUUGUUCAUGAAUCAAAUGGGUGCUUUGCGCAGCAGUAAUACAUCCUAUCUUCACGAUCCGCACUAUAUAGAACUGCAAAACCAGUUUGAUCAAUUUCUCGCUAUUCCUAAAGUUGAGGAGUGCAUUAGAAAAAAUCGCAACACGAUAUAUGAUUUAAUGGCAAGCCAUGGUGAUAAAGAAAAUUUAAUAAACUUGACCGUGAUGCAUCGCAACUAUGAGGAAGUGAUUCGUCAGAACUUGUAUAAGAGUGAUUACGUAGGAGCACUUGGAGUGCUUAAAAAUCAGAACAAUAAGGAUCUCUUCUAUCAGUUCGCUGGAAUCCUGUUGCAGGAAUUACCACGACCCACAGUGGCUGCCUUGAUUUCACAAGGCUCACUACUGAAGCCAGUCAAGUUGCUACCAGCCUUGGUCUCGUGCAAUAGCGAUGAGAAACACGCGAAAGAAAUUAUAAAAUAUUUGGAAUUUUGCGUGUAUAAGCAAGGAUCUCAAGAGCAAGCGAUUCAUAACUUCUUGCUGUCUUUAUACGCGCGUCAUAAACCGGAUGAAGUAAUGCGUUACAUAAGCUCUCAAGGUCAAGAUAUCAGUAUGGUGCAUUACGACGUGCAUUAUGCAUUAAGAUUGUGUCAGGAAGUUAGAUUGACAGAAGCCUGUGUGCAAUUAUCAGCCUUGCUCGGUUUGUGGACUACUGCUGUAGAUCUCGCACUUACGAUCAGCGUGGAUCUUGCUAAGCAAAUCGCCGCUAUGCCAUCUGAUCAUGACGACGAGUUGAGAAAGAAAUUAUGGUUGAAGAUAGCGGAGCACGUGGUACGAGAAAAGGACGAUAUACAACAAGCUAUGGAAUUUUUGCAGCAUUGUGAUCUCGUGAGGAUAGAAGAUAUCUUGCCGUUUUUCUCCGAUUUUGUCACAAUCGAUCACUUCAAGGAAGCUAUUUGCAAUUCUCUGCAGGAGUAUAAUCAGCAUAUACAAGAUCUCAAAGAAGAGAUGCAGGAAGCCACAAAGGCAGCGGAAUUAAUCAGAAAGGAUAUUCAAGCUUUUAGAUCUAGAUGCACCUUCGUGCACGCAAGAGACGCAUGCAAUACGUGCGAAGUGCAAUUACUAUUGCGACCGUUUUAUGUGUUUCCGUGCGGCCACAAAUUUCAUAGCGAUUGUUUAGUGGCGGCACUGACGCCGAUGCUGUCCAUGGAUCAGAGAACAAAAUUGGCUGAUCUGCAACGACAGCUUACAGCCAUCUCGAAUCGGCCUGAGGAUACUACGUCGGUGGCUUCCGUGUCUUUAUCCACGAGAGACCAAAUCAAGGCUGAUAUCGAUGAACUGAUCGCGUCGGAAUGCCUCUACUGCGGAGAGCUUAUGAUAGAGUCGAUAGACAAGCCAUUCAUCGAGGAAGAAGAUUACGAACGCGUGAUGAAGGAAUGGGCGUGAGGAAGUUGCAGAGAAUGUGAUAGAGCAUGCUUAUUUUUUUUACGAGAUUUAUCUUUCAGAACUGAUCCAAGGCUUAGUAUGCUUUCCAAAAAGUUUUAUUAUAACUUUUGUAAAUAUUGAAGAAAAAUCGUGUAUGAAAAAAUAUUGUAUUUGAAAUCUUAAAACAAAUUUAGCUAGACGAUUAUUGUGUAAUUUCUAGUAAUUAUAGAUAUUUAGAUUUUAGUAUUCUAGUAUUUCGGCUCGCUUAUUUUAUAAAUGUUCAAUUGUCGAAAUAAACUGAUUCCAUCAUUUGUUUAUUUCAAUUAAUUGUUUAUAGCUAAAAUUGAAUAAUUUACUUUAUUUACAUGCUGGAGAAAUAAAUGUAUACAAUUUGAGUAUCGAGAGAGAGCUUAAUUAAAAAAGUAUUAUACUUAAUAACAUUGAAACUUAUGACAUUGAUUUUUUAAUCUUCCCCAGAAUUUAUGUAUGUUUAUAUAAUAAUUUAAUCUCCCAACAUAAUUAUUUGUUAUUCCUGUAAUUUUUCGGUCUUUGCGCGAUUAAUGUGAUCGUUAUUUUGCGACUUAAGUAAAAUUAAGAGCAUACUCCAAUCAGAUUCACGAAUUUUACAACAGUUGCAAAGCAGCUUUUUCUGCUGAACGCAGCCAUUAUUUCAGGAAUUAUUUAUUAUAGCAGAGAUAGCAGAGCCUUAAUAGAAAAUUACGAUUUAACAUGCAUAUCAAAUGUUCAGUGAUAAUAAUAUUAAUACUGAUUUCUUCUGACAGCACGUUUGCGUUCUGUUCUUCAGUAAUAUCCAAUGUUUUACUCCAACGAAUGCAGAUUUUUUAUUUAAUAAAGACUAAUUUAAAAUCUUA